AUGUCUUCAAAUCGGAAACAUUCACGUUCAAACGACGAACUACGCACUACCUUCCUCGUCCCCAACCUACACUGUCCUACAUGUGUCAGCCACAUCACUGCGCUUCUCGGUGAAAUAAUGCCCGCUCCCACGGUCGAAAAUGUUUCCAUCGUCAAUCAUAUCGUCACUGUCCUUCACAAAAGGGACGUCAAGGCCGCAACCAUGACCACAAUGCUGACCAACGCCGGCUACGAGGUCUUCGACGUCGUCUUUGAUCCGACAUCCACUGAGAGCCGCCGCUCGUCGGAUUCUUCAUUUAUCAAGGGAGAGCAACUUGAUGCUGCGGUUCGGAGAUGGGAACCCUCUCGACAAUCAUCCGUCGACACGCUGGUCCGGUCACGGCAUGGUCACCAUUGCCAGAUGUGUGCCGCCCUAGGCACUGACGAGGGUCAUCCAGAUUCGCUCGAAUCUGUGACCGUAAUCGAUUCUGUUGCGAGCCUACCUCGAUAUCAGCUUACACUAUCGAUCGAUGGCAUGACAUGCAGUUCAUGCGUGGGUCACGUCACCUCCGCCUUAGAAAAUGUGCCGGAUGUCAUCUCUGUAAAUGUUGCUCUCGUCAGCCACAGCGCCGAGAUCACGUUCUCCACUUCCGACAAAGAUAACCUGGUCAAAACCCUGAUCACCGCUGUCGAAGACGCUGGUUACGAUGCCGAGACAAUCGAUAUCAAGGCGAUUGCCGACGUCAGCCAUCACACAGAACCUAGUGAUGAGGCUGAGGGUUCAUGGGAAGCCACUUAUUCGAUAGACGGCAUGACGUGCAGUUCCUGUUCAAACAAGGUGACAGAAAUCAUCAAGGAGCUGCCUUUCGUCGUGAGUGUCAACAUCAACCUCAUUUCUCACUCGGGCACAGUGGUUUUCACGGGCAAGAAGAACGAAUCAUUGCUUUUAGAGGCUAUCGAUAACACCGGGUAUGAAGCAACGCUAAUAGAAUUGAAGCCGCUUGCACAGGCUGAGUCGGCGGCUGAGAGAACCAUCUCUCUCCAGGUCCUCGGCAUGCACUGUGAACAGUGUCCAUCGCGCAUCCUGGAGGCUCUGAAACAACUUCCGGUGGAGGUUACAAAAGCACCCACGCUACAAAAGCCUGUCGUCUCUGUUUCAUACGUGCCGGACGCUCCCCGGUUGACCAUUCGCCACAUUAUUGACACGGUUAUUAACAUUGACAAUUCGUUCGACGUGACCAUCUACAAACCUAAAUCUGUGGAGCAGAGGUCGCGAGAGAUGUUGGCCAAGGAACGAAGGGCGAUUGCAAUUCGAGCUCUGAUGUCGAUCAUCACAGCAAUUCCCACCCUGAUCAUCGGAGUCAUCUACAUGAACCUGGUUGCCGAAGACGACCCGGGCUACAAGUUUAUCAUGCAACCAGUCCAUGGAGUGUCACUCGCAGAAUGGGCAACUUUCGCACUUUCCACCCCAAUUUACCUCUUCGCAGCGGAUCAUUUCCACCGGCGUACCCUGAAGGAGAUCUGGGCUCUCUGGAGGCCGCGAAGCCCAGUACCGAUCGGCAAACGAUUCUAUCGAUUUGGCAGCAUGAACAUGCUCAUCAGCUUGGGCACGACCAUCGCCUAUUUUUCAUCACUAGCUCAGCUCAUCGUUGCCGCAAGCAAUCCCGCCGAGGAUCUCCUAAGCAGUUCCAAACAAUCAUAUUUCGAUUCCGUCGUCUUCUUGACCAUGUUCUUGUUGAUCGGCAGGCUAGCUGAAGCACAUAUGAAGGCGAAAUCUGGCGACGCUAUUUCCGCACUGGGACAACUGCGACCGACCGAAGCAAUCCUGCAGAAACGUGAUGACUCUGGAGAAAUUACCAACGAAAAGAUCAGCGCCGAGCUCAUUGACAGCGGAGAUCAUGUGAAGGUCCUGCAGGGCUCCAGCCCACCUUGCGACGGCAGGCUCAUCGGAGAUGAAGCUUCGUUUGACGAAUCAAGCUUGACUGGUGAAGCACGCAUCGUAAAGAAGAAAGAAGGAGACGCCAUCUUCACUGGCACCAUCAACAAAGGUUCCUCGAUUGUGAUCCGCGUCACCAAACCGGCGGGAGCCUCGAUGCUGGACUCCAUCAUUCAAGUGGUGCGCGAAGGGCAGUCAAAAAGAGCACCGAUGGAGCGCAUCGCUGAUCUACUGACCGCCUACUUCGUGCCCGUAGUCGUGGCCAUCGCCAUUGUUACCUGGAUCGUAUGGCUCAGCCUCGGCCUUUCUGGUGUCCUGCCGCGAAACUACUUGGACAAUGAUAUUGGUGGCUGGCCAUUCUGGUCCCUGCAGUUCGCCAUUGCUGUUUUCGUCAUUGCGUGCCCUUGCGGUCUCGGCCUCGCAGCACCUACAGCUUUGUUCGUCGGCGGUGGUAUGGCAGCCAAACGUGGCAUUUUGGUCAAAGGUGGCGGCGAGGCCUUUCAAGAAGCCAGCAAUUUGGACGCUGUGGUCUUUGACAAGACUGGGACUUUGACCGAGGGAGUCGAGCCCAAGGUGGUUGAGCACAGCAUUUAUGUCGACGAUGCCGGACUGGAUGCCGCGACGAUCUGUGGCGUGAUCAAGGGUGUUGAGGAGAAUAGCGGUCACCCGCUUGCUAGGGCAGCAAUCGCUUUCUGCAAAUCUCAAUCACCAUCUGCUGUCACGAUCACAUCGACCGAUGAGAUUGCCGGCAAAGGCAUGAAAGCCUCCUUUAUCCUCAAGUCUUCCAAAUCGUCAACACACUAUCAGGCUCUCGUCGGCAACGAGGGACUCAUGCACGAUCACGGCGUUCCCAUUCCUCAAGGAGCCAGCGACCUGAUGGAGACGUGGAAGUCGUCCGGCUACUCUGUUAUCGUCAUGGCCUAUGACGAUGACCAUCAGUGGCGCGUGGGAGCUGUGCUUGGAGCCGCUGAUCCUUUGCGACCGGAAGCUGCCGGUGUCGUCAAGUCCUUGCGCGCCCGUGGUGUCGAGGUCUGGAUGCUGUCUGGUGACAAUGUCAGUACCGCGAGAGCUGUUGCCAAGCAAGUCGGGAUCCACGCAGACAACGUCAUUGCUGGCGUACUUCCUGCGGAAAAGGCGGAUAAAGUACGCUAUCUUCAACGCGCAUUACGGCCCAGGCGGGGACGAGGUUUCCACAGUCGAUUAACCAACAAGCGAAGUCGAGCCACAGUGGCGAUGGUGGGCGAUGGUAUAAACGAUGCACCUGCUCUGGCAGCAGCUGAUGUCGGCAUUGCGGUUGCAUCUGGAUCCGACGUUGCCAUUCAAUCAGCAGCCUUCAUCCUCGUUCACUCCGACUUGCGAGCCGUGUUGACACUUGUCACGCUCAGCCGAGCUGUGUUCCGCCGUGUCAUCCUCAACAUGUUCUGGGCAGCCAUUUACAACAUCGUCGCUUUGCCGAUUGCUGCUGGCGUUUUAUAUCCCAUCACAACUUCGGGUGGUACACACCUGCGUCUGGACCCGGCUUGGGCCGCAUUGGCCAUGGCUUUGAGCAGUCUCACUGUCGUUGCAAGUAGCCUGCUGCUGCGAACAAAGAUCCCUAUUGGCGGCUUCCGCGAAUUGAGCUGGAGCUGA